AAAAACCAGCCCGUCUGCGCCGAGUCUAGAAGGCCUGGGGAGCGUCCGACUGCACGCGCUAGACACGAGCGCCCCACGCUCCACCGCGCGCACGGCCCAACAUCUCGGCCUGUUGCGGCUCGCUGUCCCAGACCUCAGAAGACCUGAGUCGCGCAGUGCCACAGGCCCCCUUGUGGCUUGACCGGCGACCCACCGCCCCCCGUUCUUCGGCCCGCAUCUCUCUGCGGUGCGCAGGGCCUCGGAGGAAGCUCCGGGCGAGUGGCUGCGGGUGCGAUGGACAGAGGCGCGCUGCCCCGGCUCGAGCCCCUCACGCCUGGCGUCUCCGGCGGCUGCGCCGUUCGGCCGCGACCCGCGUCCCCAGAGCUGCUGCGCUGUAGCCGGCGGCGGCGGCCGUGCGCGGAGGAGACCCGGGGCGGUGCGGCGGCCGUGGCGCGGCGCAACGAGCGCGAGCGCAACCGCGUGAAGUUGGUCAACUUGGGGUUCCAGGAGCUGCGGCAGCACGUGCCGCACGGCGGCGCCAGCAAGAAGCUGAGCAAGGUGGAGACGCUGCGCUCGGCGGUGGAGUACAUCGGCGCGCUGCAGCGCUUGCUGGCGGAGCACGACGCCAUGCACUCCUCGCUGGCCGGGGGUCUGCUGGCGCCAGCCGCGCUCCCCGCAGCGCCCCACGGGCCGCCCGGGACUCCCGCGGACGCCGCCUCGCCCUCCUGCGCCUCUUCGUCCCCUGGCUGCGGGGGCAGCUCGGAGCCCGGCUCCCCGCGCUCCGCCUACUCGUCCGACGACAGCGGCUGCGAUGCCGCGCUGAGUCCCGGGGAGGGCGAGCUGCUCGACUUCUCCAGCUGGUUAGGAGGCUACUGAGCGCCCCGCUCCGCGAGCUGAGCCCUGGAUGCCGAGGGCGAGGGGCGAGCGCGCCCGGCCCCUGGGAGCCGGCGCGGUGGGCGCCUCCGUCCGUCCCCGCCGCCUGGCGAGCCGAGCCACCAGCAGGCCCGGACCCCGAAGGAUGGCGCUCCCCUAGUCGUCCAGCCUGACCACGUGCCCGUUUGCACUGCCCGCCCCCCCUCGCCUGGGUGGCCGGCCUCCGACGCUGACCGCCGGGGUCCCCCUGGGCUGAGGCCGGGGCAUGCACACGCCCAUGCACACGCACACGCACACGCACACUUGGAGGUUUUCCUGAAGGGAGAAGAGUUUUGAGGACACAGAGCAUCGCUUUCUCACGUUGACUCUGCACGGCCUGGGUCGCUGGCGAGCUGGCAACGCCUUUGCUCGCAGAGACCCCGGAACUUGGAACACAAUAAAGAGGGUCCA